CUCAUAUCUAAAAAUUAUCAAUAAGAAACGAUCUGACAUUUCUUUAUUGAACAUUACGUUUAAAUACUUGCAAUGUUGCUUCUAUAAAUUAUGGCAGAUAUCUUAGCAGAAACUGUUGCUCCGGAAGAUUUAAAGAAGUUCGAAAAAAUUUACCACGAGCAGCUGUAUAGGAAUGAUGUGACUCCCAAGGCACAAUUCGAAUAUGCGUGGUGCCUAGUUAGAAGUAAAUAUCCAAGUGACAUUCAAAAAGGAAUUGUUUUGUUGGAAGAACUCUACAGGAACAAUGAAGAUGGCCAGAGAGAUUAUCUGUAUUACUUGGCGAUUGGUGUGGCUAGAACAAAAGAAUAUUCCAAAGCACUAAAUUAUGUUCGGUCCUUUUUGAGUAUAGAGCCAGGCAAUCAGCAAGUAAUCAAUUUAGAACAGGCAAUUAAGAAAAAGAUGGAAAAGGAAGGAAUGGUUGGAAUGGCAGUGGCAGGUGGCGUUUUGGUAGCAGUGGGUGCCAUAGUUGGAGUAGGAAUGGCCAUCGCAAAUAAAUCCAAGUCAUAAAUAUUGGUUGAGUCAGGUGAAUUUUGAAAUUUUGCUUAUUUUGUACAAUGUAUAUGUUUUCAUUUUCUAAUUUAUUUUAGUUGAUAUUGUCAUGCAAGUGAUUAUAUAUUUUAUAUCUAAGUAAAAUGUAUUUGUUGUGUUA